AUGGCUGCAGGUUUCGCUACUGCCGACAAGUCCAAGCCCUAUGUAGGACUAAAUUCCAUUGCUGAAGAUCGCGGGUACAAGGAAGGAGAUGCAACGGCAACAUGCUUGUGUGGAGCAGUGCAAUUGGGAUUCCCCACUGAAGGCCCUGCUCUGGUCAAUGCAUUCGUGUGCAAUUGCGUCGAUUGCCGUAAACUGACGGCCUCCAUGUUUGCAUCCAACUUUGCCAUUGACGAUAAAUAUCUCAAGCACAUCCGCGGACGCGACAACCUCAAAAGCUGGAAGAAUGAUGUCACACCCAUUAGACCCAACACCAGCAUGACCGACUACUUCUGUUCAACAUGCGGGACGUUAAUGUAUCGUAUCAGUUCUGCGUUCCCCAAUGCCCCGAUCUUGCGCAUCGGUACCGUGGACGACUUGACCUUGCACGAGACAAAAUUAAAGCCACAGUGGGAACAAUUUACCAAGGAUAGAGUCAGUUGGUUCCAUGGCGUCCAGAUAGAUGGGCUUAAGCGGUUGGAAGGGAAUUCGAAAGAUUAUGUUCUGUAA